CCUGAUACGAACAUGCAUUUAAAAAAUGAUAUAUAUUCCCAAAAUAAAUAUAGUAAGUUGUGACGGCAAAUGCAAGAUCGGCACAUUGUGUUUGCUUCUCUUCUUUGCUUAAAUUGUCAACUGUUCUUCCCAUUUUAAUAAAUUAACCAUGAUAAAUGAAAGAAACUCCGAAUUUCUUCUUGAAUUUCCUCUUGUUUCCAACAACACUGAAAAGGGUUCAAGGAAUCUUGGAAAACGCGAUAAGGGAUGUUGUGAUAUAGCUGAGGCUAUUGAAGAACUAAAGAAGCAAUUAGAAUUAGCAGGACCUCUGGUUCUUGUGAGUUUUUUGCUGUACUUUUUGCUGUUGAUAUCGAUCAUGUUCGUAGGUCAUCUUGGAGAGAUUUCUCUUUCUAGUGCAACUUUAGCCACUUCUUUUGCCGGAGUAACUGGUUUCAGCUUCAUGCUGGGAAUGGGAAGUGCAUUGGAAACAUUAUGUGGACAAGCUUAUGGGGCAAAACAGUAUCAUAUGCUUGGGAUACACAUGCAAAGAGGUAUGCUUGUAUUGGUGGCAAUUGGCAUACCCAUAUCAAUCAUAUGGGCAUUCGCGGAGCUUAUAUUUUCUUUCUGUGGACAAGAUUUAGAACUUUCAAUCCAUGCUGGUCUAUAUGCUCGCUGGUUAAUUCCAAGCAUUUUCCCUUAUGGACUCCUCCAAUGCCAAUUAAGGUUCCUACAAACACAAGGCAGACUCAAACCACUGGUGAUCAGUACUGGUUUUGCGAGUUUAAUUCAUGUGUUGUUGUGUUGGGCACUGGUUUUCAGAUUGGGAAUGGGAAACAAAGGGGCUGCACUCUGUAAUGCCUUAUCUUAUUGGAUUAAUGUGAUGAUUUUGGCGCUUUAUAUAAGGUUUGCAUCAUCAUGCAAGCAAACAUGGACAGGGUUCUCCAAGGAGGGUGCAAGAAAUCUUCCCAGUUUUCUAUCAUUAGCUAUACCUUCAGCACUUAUGGUCUGCUUGGAGCAAUGGUCCUAUGAGUUUCUGGUGCUCAUGUCAGGGCUGCUUCCGAAUCCGAAGCUCGAGACAUCUAUGAUGGCGAUCAGCAUUAGUACCAGCUCUGUGGUAUUCAGGAUUCCCUUCGGAUUUGGUAGUGCAGUAAGUACGAGGGUAUCGAAUGAAUUGGGGGCAGGGAGACCUAAAGCAGCAAAGUUAGCAGCACAUGUCGUCUUGCUUCUUGCUGUGGUAGAGGGCCUGCUGCUAAGUGUAAUAGCAGUUGCAGCAAGAAAUGUGUGGGGAUAUAUGUACACUAAUGAAGAGGAAGUUGUGAUAUAUAUGGCUGCAAUCAUGCCAGUGCUUGCAUUGUCCAAUUUCCUGGAUGGAAUUCAAGGGGUUCUUUCAGGUACUGCAAGAGGAUGUGGUUGGCAGAAACUUGGUGCAUUGGUCAACCUAGGAGCCUAUUAUCUUGUUGGACUUCCUUGCGCAGUCAUUUUAACCUUUGUCUUCCACCUUGGAGGAAAGGGUCUAUGGACAGGGAUUAUUAGUGGUAGUGGUCUUCAAGCAUUAAUUCUUCUACUUAUUACCUUGCGCACGAAUUGGGAGCUUCAAGCGAAGAAGGCCAUGUGUAGGGUACAGGUUUCCGAAACAGCUGCCGUGUCAUGAUUCAGAUGUUUCACAAAUUUUAUGUUGCAAUUUUCGCAUACAAAGUACAAGUAAAAGAAGCAGAGAGACGGAUCCUAUUCAUGAGAUCAUUUGUUGAUCAUUACCACUUCUCUAAAACUGUGCAUAACAGUUUGUUUGCUUAAUGGCAGAACAGAUAAGGAUCCCCUAAACGUGACGACUUUUAUUCAGUGGCACGUUUGAACUUCACGUUGCCCUAAUUAUCCCCUCAACAUUGUAUAGUAUUGUACUCUCUUUUUCCCAUUUCCUUCCAUUUUCAAACAAGGGGUGGGUUCCAAAUUAUACGGAAUUGAAGGUGUGUAUAGAUUUAAGAAGCUUUUUGAGUAGGGUAUUUUAGUAGAGUACCAAGAGAAAGGUGAACAGAGAAUCAGAGUAGAAGAGGACUGAAAAAUAAGCAGCUUACUGUUGCAGUAUACAA